GUGAGUUCCAUCAAACAAACCCUUGUGAUUAAUGGAGAGAACCUUUCUUGUCUUGUAAGCAGCUCUCCAGUGGCAAAGAUCGAACCAGCACACACCGUUACCGGGAAAGAGAUACCGGAGGCUAAAGUGGCAUCGUUUUCUUCGAGAGGUCCAUCGCGUGAUUACGCCGACAUUAUCAAGCCUGACAUAGCCGCGCCCGGAGCCAACAUCUUGGCGGCGGUGGGAGAUUCCUAUGUAAUGUAUUCCGGGACAUCGAUGGCGGCCCCACAUGUAGCAGGAAUCGUCGCGCUACUGAAAGCUUUGCACCAAGACUGGUCUCCUGCCGCGAUAAAAUCUGCCAUCAUCACCACAGCCCAUGUAACAGACGAGCGCGACAUGCUCAUACUAGCGGAAGGAGUGCUGCGGAAGAUGGCAGACCCGUUUGACUAUGGCGGCGGCAACAUCAACCCUGACGGUGCGGCUGAUCCCGGCCUGGUCUACGAUAUCGAUCCCCGCGACUACAACAGAUUCUUUAGGUGUACCAUCGUCAGGAGGACGAACGUGACUUGUGACGCGACGGCGCUACCAGCAUACCACCUGAACCUGCCGUCCAUCGCGGUGCCUGAGCUGAGGCGCCCGAUCACUGUGUGGAGGACAGUGACAGACGUCGGUGAGGCCGACUCUGUGUACCAUGCAGAAGUCCAGAGCCCAGCUGGAGUCAGGAUGGAGGUCGAGCCGCCAAUGCUUGUGUUCGACGCCACGAACAGAGUUCACUCAUUUAAGGUGAAGUUGUCGCCUAUGUGGAGGCUGCAAGGGGACUACACCUUUGGCAGCAUUACUUGGCGUAAGGAUCAGAAGACGGUGAGGAUUCCUGUUGCGGCCCGAAUGACCAUUCAAGAUUUCUAUGCGGAUGUUGCAUAAGUUUUCCAGGUGGA